UGAUUGGCCGACUGAUUAGUUACUAUAGAAACCAAGAUGGCUGACUUUAUAUAAGUAAAUUUCGGUAAUUUUUUUUUCAAUGAAAAAUAAACAUUAUUCAAUAAAAAUAUUUAUUAAUUUAAACUGUAUGUAAUGAUGGCUAGCAAAGGAUGGAAGGUGGUUCAGGCUCACGUGCCGUUAAUUAAAUUCCGUAAAGGUGGAAUAACUAGAGUUGUCAGUGGAGCAACAUCCACUACAUCUGCACCACCGGCAGGGACGUCGUCAUCGGGAAAAAUUAGCGGUGCUACCGGACCUAAUGUGAUUCCUUUACCGAUUAUUGAUGAUUUACAAUUACCACCACGAUAUCAUCGACGAAGAAUUGAUCAAAAGGAAAUCGAAUAUAUUAAUCGUGGAGGUCCGGAAUGAAAAUCAAGUUUACAUAGAAUUUUAAUUAUUAGGAUAAUUUAAAAAAAAUUGCAAUGAAUGAAUAAUCCAGUCGCUUGAUGCAAUAAAAAUAUUGUACAGAAGCAA